UCAAUCAAAAGCUUAUCACUCCCCCCAUUACCCAAUUUUUCUCGUUUCUCCAAAACCUUAUUUUUGUCGCAGAUGAAGUACAAGACACGUUUCGUUUAUCUCAGAAGAAAUAAUGUUCAAAGGGAACACCAGAGCCAUUAGUGUUUGCUUUUCUUCAUUGUCAUGUUGCAUCUUGCAAUGCAAUGCACUCCUCAGUGGAAGUAGUAUCUGUGUGAGCAUUUGACAAUAGUUCAUCAUAACAAUAAUGGAGCUAAAAAAUGAGAAGCUAGUCAGGUUCUCCAAUGAUGGAAAACAGACUCUUGAACCUCCUUGGGAAAAGAUAGAUUCACACAAACACCAUGAGAAGCCAUUCACAGUCUUUCCGGAAUGCAAAAUGAGUAGUGGUGAUAAGAGCAGGAUGAGUAUCAGACUUCCCUCACUUGGGAAGUUAAAGGUUUUCCCAGAGAAUCAAGAGCCGUGGAAGAAGAGGAUUCUUGAUCCUGGCAGUGAUAUCAUUUUGGAGUGGAACCGAGCUUUUCUGUUUUCUUGCAUUCUAGCACUGUUUGUGGAUCCACUGUUUUUCUACCUCCCCUCAGUAGCAAGCGAUGGGAAAUCAUCGUGUAUGGCUACUGAUUUGAAUAUAGGAAUUGUUGUGACAUGUUUCCGGACAUUUGCUGAUGUUUUCUAUCUGCUCAACAUGGGCAUAAAGUUCAGAACUGCCUACGUAUCACCAAGUUCAAGGGUUUUUGGUAGGGGUGAGCUUGUUAUGGAUCCUAGGUUGAUUGCAAGGAGGUACUUGAGAUCAGAGUUCUUCCUUGAUCUUGUUGCUACACUGCCUCUUCCCCAGAUUGUGAUUUGGUUUAUUAUGCCAGCAAUUAGGAGCUCACAUUCUGAUCAUACCAACAAUGCACUUGUACUGAUUGUUCUGCUUCAAUAUGUCCCCAGAUUAUAUUUGAUUUUCCCAUUAAGUUCUCAGAUUAUUAAAGCCACCGGUGUAGUUACAAAGACGGCCUGGGCUGGAGCUGCUUACAAUCUUUUACUUUACAUGUUAGCUAGUCAUGUCUUGGGGGCAUCAUGGUACUUGUUAUCAAUUGAAAGACAUGCUACUUGCUGGAAAUCUGAAUGCAGAAAAGAAAGCCUUCCUGUAAAAUGUGCUCUUAAGUACUUAGAUUGCGGUACUUUAAACAAUGACGAUCGCAUGAAGUGGGUAAACACUACUUCUGUGUUUGGUAAAUGCAAUCCAGAAAAUAGCAUCAGUUUCAACUAUGGAAUUUUCGGAAAUGCAGUGGAAAAUAAUGUUGUCUCCUCUGUGUUUAUAGAGAAGUAUCUCUAUUGUCUGUGGUGGGGCUUGCAGAACUUGAGUUCCUAUGGCCAGAGUUUGACUACAAGCACAUUCGUUUGGGAAACUGCAUUUGCAAUACUCAUAGCUAUUCUGGGUCUGGUUUUGUUUGCCCACUUAAUUGGUAACAUGCAGACCUAUUUGCAAUCUAUUACUGUGAGGCUUGAAGAGUGGAGACUCAAGCGACGUGACACUGAAGAAUGGAUGAGACACCGCCAACUCCCACAAAAUCUCAGAGAGCGUGUCCGAAGAUUUGUUCAGUACAAGUGGCUAGCAACUCGUGGGGUUGAUGAAGAAACAAUCCUACGUGGCCUGCCUACUGAUCUACGUAGAGAUAUCCAACGCCACCUUUGCUUGGACCUUGUUCGACGUGUUCCCUUUUUCUCACAAAUGGAUGAUCAGCUACUUGAUGCAAUAUGUGAGCGGUUGGUAUCAUCCUUGAGUACUCAAGGCACAUGCAUAGUCAGAGAAGGAGACCCGGUUACAGAGAUGCUUUUUAUCAUCAGAGGGAGACUCGAAAGCUCAACCACAAAUGGAGGCAGAACUGGUUUCUUCAACUCUAUUACCUUGAGGCCUGGUGAUUUCUGUGGAGAAGAGCUACUUGCAUGGGCAUUGCUUCCAAAAUCCACUCUCAACUUGCCUUCUUCUACAAGAACAGUCAAAGCCCUUGUGGAAGUGGAAGCCUUUGCACUAAGAGCAGAAGAUCUCAAGUUUGUGGCCAAUCAGUUCAGGCGUCUCCACAGCAAGAAGUUACAGCACACUUUCCGUUACUAUUCUCACCAUUGGAGAACAUGGGCUGCAUGCUUCAUUCAGGCUGCAUGGCGCCGGUUCAAGAAGAGAAUGUUGGCAAAGAGCCUUAGUUUGAGGGAAUUCCAGUCCUUCAACUAUGAUGAACAAAUCAGGGAUCAAAUGGAGCACAAGGACGAAGAGCACAGUGCAGUGACUUCAAACACUGCACAAGUGAAACAGAACCUAGGAGUCACUAUACUGGCUUCAAGAUUCGCUGCAAACACAAGGAGAGGGGCUCAGAAGAUCAAGGAUGUAGAGAUGCUCAAGUUGCAAAAGCCUGAAGAGCCAGACUUUUCAGUAGAGCCGGAUGAUGAUUAGAGCUUGUUUGGAUAUAAGUUUAUAAGGGUUUUUGAUAAUUUUUUCGAUUAAAAAAAAACUUUUUUUUAAUAGAAAAACUCAAAAUUUCUUAUAAAUUUAUAUCCAUACAGACUUCUAGAUCAGCACUGCAUGUUGAGUAGCUGAUACAGCCACCACUGUCUAGAGUUCCAUUACCAUUUUCAAGAGUUAAAAGUAUUAUUCCUCAUACAAAUUUUACAGGCCGAUACCUAUAAUAUGUGUGCAUUGUUUGUUGACGAGAAGCUUUCAGGUUUUCUCUUAGCCUGAACUUUUUUUGGGGUGGUACAACUCUUCUUAGCCUAUAUAUUACCACUUGCUUUAUGAUGUGUGAUCCCAUUGCAGUUAACAUAGUUGAUGGCCACUGGCAUCAACUUCUAGCCAAGAAGUUGCUCUUCUGUGUUUGCAGCUUGCUACUUCUCCUUCAAAAAAAUCGAUUUUCAUCUUGUAUAUUACAAAUUACAAUUACCUGAAAUACCACUUGUAUAUUUACACUGCAACAUUGUCCUUGCUUGUAUAUUAUUCUAUUUGUUCCUAGCCCGGCGCAUAGUUCUGGUUCUUGCUUAUUUUAUGUUUUCAUUGUAAUUCAAAUGUACAAUUUCUUUUGGCCGCAAUUUGAAGACAGCUUUGAUGGCUUAAAACAUUAUCCUAAACUUUUUCCGUGUUAUAUUCAGAUUAGAAUGCUUUCGCAGUUGUGAUUGGCAAAAACUACUGGUACAAUUGUGCAGGCAAAAAUUAUAUUAUCAUUCUUUUUUACCUCGUUUUAUAUAGUUCAAUAUGAUGACCGACAUAUCCAUCCAAAGA